AAGACGAAUUACCUGAUCCGCGUAUAUUCAAAUCUCCGAACCACUACAGCAUUAACGGUGCAUCAAAAUCAAAAAGAAAACAAACAUGAUUAGCAAGAAUGUUUUAAUUUGUUAACUUCGGUAUCUGCAAGACGCAUUGAUAAGGCAACAUUUAGGUCAAGAAUUUAAUUACAAUGACGGGAGUGCAGUGAGAAUGCACUUCACACUCGCCGAAAUAGCAUACAUGUAUGUAUGCUGCGUGUGUGUGGAGAAUCCAAUCUACGUUCUGGAGACAUAUUCCUGUGUUGUGUCGCACAGUUUAGGUGGCAAACAGCACACAAUUAAACAACAAAGCAUAUAAGAAGCUGCUGUUCGGGCUCUUUUGUGAUAAGCUGGAUCGCGCUGUGAACUUGGGGCCGCUGCAAGUCAAUCGUUCUCGUACUUAAUGUUGAUAAGAGCCUCGCUGCCGCCUGCCUGCCUGCUGAGUUUCGUUUGUUCCACGCUAGUAGGAGGUUUCUGGGCAAACAAUGUUAUCUAGAGUGCCCCAACACCCACCCAGUGCACACAAAAAUCUAUAAAUUCGUGAAUUUGUACCACAGGCCAGGACUUAGUCAUCGCACAUAAUUCAGAAUGUACAGAACGUCGAGCGUCUUUUUGGGGACUUUUCUCCUUCUGCUGCUGCUGCACGGCGGAAUGGGACUCGACAAUGGACUGGCACUCACGCCACCAAUGGGCUGGAUGUCCUGGGAGCGUUUCCGCUGCCUAACAGAUUGUAAGCUAUAUCCAAACGAGUGCAUAAGUGAGGAGCUGUUCCGGCGGCAUGCGGAUUUGUUGGUGUCCGAGGGCUAUGCCGAUGCUGGCUACGAGUACAUCAUCAUCGAUGAUUGCUGGCUGGAGAAGAACCGCGACAACAAGACCAAGAAAUUAGUUGCAGACAAGAAGCGAUUCCCCAACGGACUGAAUCCUCUUGCAGAUCAUAUACACAAUAUUGGACUGAAGUUCGGCUUGUACCAGGACUACGGCACGAACACCUGCGCUGGUUUUCCUGGAGUCAUAAAGCACAUGCAACUGGAUGCCCAGACCUUUGCCGACUGGGACGUGGACUAUGUCAAGCUGGAUGGCUGCUAUGCCAACAUCAGCGAUAUGGCCGUGGGAUACCCAGAGUUCGGACGUCUGCUCAACGCGACUGGCCGCCCGAUGGUCUAUUCCUGCAGCUGGCCCGCCUACCAGGAGGAUGCUGGAGAAAUGCCCGACUAUACGUCCUUGAAGCAGCACUGCAACCUGUGGCGCAACUGGGACGACAUCGACGAUUCGCUCGAGUCAGUGGCACAGAUUAUGGACUACUUUGGCAAGAACCAGGAUAGGAUCCAACCACAUGCUGGGCCAGGCCACUGGAACGAUCCCGAUAUGCUGCUGCUGGGCAACUACGGACUGAGCUACGAUCAAAGUAAGCUGCAAAUGGCCAUUUGGUCCGUUAUGGCAGCGCCGCUGAUCAUGUCCAACGAUUUGGCCGUGGUGCGUCCAGAAAUCAAGGAUAUUCUGCAGAAUCGUAAAGUGAUUGCUGUGGAUCAAGAUGAGUUGGGCAUCCAGGGCCGUCGUAUCCUGUCAAAAAAUCAGAUCGAAGUCUGGAGCAGACCCAUCACGCCGGUGGUCAGCAAUAACCAGCACUCUUAUGCCGUGGCCUUUGUCAGCCGACGCGCUGAUGGUGCUCCCUACAGAAUCGUAUUCACACUCAAGGAGCUCGAACUACACAAUACCGCAGGCUACGAUGUACAGGACCUCUACGAUGACAAAAAUCACUUGGGCGUCUUCCGCCCAGCCAACCAGUUUAUCACGCGCGUUAAUCCGAAUGGUGUAACUUUCUAUAAGUUUACAGCACUCUGAACGGGUUUGCCCUUUGAUGAUAUGCAAAUCAUUCAAUUGCUGAGCCAUAUCUGCCAUCCAUCUGCUUCCAAUAUGCUCUUAUACCAAUGUUUUAAAAAAUACUUAUUUUCUUUGCGAUGGAAGAAGAGAAUUAAAUUAAUUUUGAUAAUGAAAAUCAGGUAUGAAACCAUAAAAGGGUGCACAACUACCCUUUGCAUUUUCUACAUUGAUUUUCCAUUAUAGAGUUUAAAUUUGUUAAUUGAUUAAUAUCAUUAAAAAGAAGCGCUGCUGCGUUCUAAUACGCUGUUAUUCUGGGCGCAUUUAACAUGCUAUACACUAAAAUAUCAAUUCGCCAGAUACUGUCGGUAGGAAGUCGAAUAAUUUGCAUUAAUUUAUAUAUUUUUUAUGGUAUCCACAAAAAUGAAUCAUUUCAUAUUUGUAUGCAUAUGUCAGUUGCAAAGUAAAUAAAUAAUAUUUUACUGGUC